GUCGAAAUUCUUCAUAGCAUAGAUCGGCCUGAAGUGUGCGCCUCAAUCACGUACGUGUUAAUGCUGAAUAUUUGAAGUGUUUUUUAUAUAUGAAUCAUUAAUAACAAAUAAUUACAAGUAACACAAGGUCUCUGAAUUGCAGAGGUAUCCAAAAGGAAGUAACUGUUAAUGAGAGACAGGCUAACUUAUUUUUAGCUGUGGGUAUUUAGGAUAUCCAGGAUAUCCACUUAAUAUUGAAUAAAUGUAUGAAUCCUCAAAGUGUAAUCUGAUCAACAUUCUAGAACUUUAUUUUAAGUGUUUUCCAGGAUUUACGCAACCUUUUGGCACUCAGAAUUAUUAAGAACAAUAUUGAUGUUAUUGGAACAAAUAAAUGUGCAGCAACUGGUGCUCCAGACUUCUAUAAAGCAGGUAGCUUUUCACUGAACUCGUGUCACUUCUCUUCCAGAGCGGUGAGGUGAAGACUAAGCCAGCAAGAAACUACUCUAACGCAAUGGCUCGUCUUUUGCUACUUUUUGUUGCUGCGAUGAUUUUGGCAGCCCAUGCAUCCCUUAUCCCAGGGGUAAGUCAGUUUUUAAAAACUCGACUAUCUCACGAAACUUGUAAAACUGUACGCAUGCUUCCACGAGUUAAAAGAACUAUGUUAUAACGCUUUCUUUUGCUUUCUGGUUUCCCUUUGUUAGCCUUUAAUGUACUACCAGCAAAAACAAAAACUGAAUAGUAUUUUUUACUAAAACUUUUUGUUUUAAAUGUUUCAUUUCUGGAGCCAAUUUCCCUGGCAUAUUCCCUAUAGGGCCCUAUUUAAAACUAAAAACUGUGAUCAUGUUCAGCCACAUCCUUGUACAGAUUUAAAAACUUUGCUAAACUCAAAAGUGACGCAGCACCUUAAGUACAGUAAGAGCAUUCAAAGCAACAGUAAAACACAUAUCAGUGCUAAGCAAAGGUAAUGGAAUAAGUUUUCGAAUGUCUGCACUCUACAGGAUUCGUUGUCGGAACUUGGGGAAAUAGAUGGUGAGGAAACAGCCGAUGUGCCGGAGAAUGAAGUGCCUGGAGAAGGUUAGUAAAUUUUAAGAAUGUUGAAACAAAAUAAACUCUUUUUUUUUUGCAGACUAUGCAAUAUAGUGGUAAUUAAUUUCUCUUUUUUUGUUCAUUGUUAUUUCAAUGACGAAAUGGACGAAAAUGAAACAGAAUUGGGCGAAGAAGACUUUGAGGACGGGGAAGACUCAGAUGAGAUGCCAGAGGAAGGUACCAAGUAUUUGUAUAGCAACAAAAACCUUUAGAUUACAAAAAACAAGACUUUCACUAUACUAAGUAGUGUGCGCGUGAGUUAGCGUCAUUUUGGCGGAAAACGCGAUAGCUGGCGUCAUUCUACUACGAUUUUUAGCAUUAAUGUCGUAGUGAUGAAAACAAGUCAUCAAAUUUUAGAAGUUUUAUCAUUUUGCGAUCAGAAGAGGGCUUAACCUCCUUCAAUAAAGAAAAACGCGCUAGCUUUUCUGGUUAAAAAAGUGCAAUGAAGCUUUCCGGGCUGUUUAUUUUUGAAAAAUACGCGAAAAAACUUUAAGUGAUAUCUUGUCCUUGUAGUUGUCCUAGUCCUCGAACCGAAAGUUCUCUAUUGAUGUUUUUUGACACAAUGAAUAAAGAAGAGUCGUGAAAAAGCUAUUGUUGUUUCUUAAUAUUUCUUUUUACAAAAUAGGCGGGGAGGUAGAUGAAGGCCAGCCACAAGAAGACACCUCUGAUACAGCCAUCACUCCUGGUGAAGGUGAGAGCUACUCUAAAUAAAAAAAUUAAUUAACCCUCGAAAGUACACACAAAGUCAUACCCUCACCGAGGUACAAAAAAAAAAAAAUGGCUAGGUAUCUUGUAACCGUUCAGAAAAGAGCAAUGCGAAUCAUAUGUCCUGAUAUAGAAUAUCAGCAAGCUUUAGCGCUUAUGAGUUUACCAACGGUUGCGGAGCAUUACCACAACAAUUGCACGCGCACGACCUGAACCACAAGUUAGGGUGAUUCCCUAGUAAAAGAAGCUAACAUAGAUUGUAUAUGAAACUUGGUACACUGAUGUAACCUGUCAAGAAGAUGAUAAAAAACUAAUAAAAAGUGAGGGUCACUGUGCUCGUUUUGAAGUCACAAUGCUGGCAAGUACGGCUAUUUUGGACCUUUGGACAAAAACCGCGCGCAGCCCAAAACUAGGCAAAAAGAAGAGAUUUUUUCAAUGAUGCAUGUGGUAUCGCACAGAAUUUGACUUUAAUGUAUUGUUUAUCCACUUACGUACCAUAAAAAUGCCUUUUAAUGCCCUUGUUUUUACUUUACGCUCCAAAGUAGAAUUAAAUUGGACACGCGCUAUUCGACACGUGAUAGCUCAAUCCGUACAAUUUAGUAAAAUUGCCAAAAAACUGAACAUAGAUUUGAGCCAAUUUUUUUCUCACCGAAAGGAAGCACUGUCCUUACUAAAAUCAUGAAAUAAAAAAUGGGGGUCACCGUACUCGUUUUUGCGGUAGAGCUGCAGAAAGUGCGCACCAAAUGCAUUUUGCUUGAUUUUUGAGAGAGGACUGGGGCGAGUUUUAAAAUAGAAUGUACGUGAAAGGGGGAAGAAAGUAUUAAAAAAUCCGUUUUCACAGAAUUUACAUCUAGAUAUCACAUUUAGGAUACAAUGUGAUAAAGAUAGCGUUUAAAUGAAAAUCAAAGUGAAUAAGCACAAAUUAAACAUCCACUAUCGAAGUUCUCCGUGAGGAAGUCGAACUCAACAACACGCGUACUGCUUACGUUAUGCACAUUCCCACCACACUGAGUCUCCCCUCGGCAAGAAACAACCGCAAGUAAAAAUUGCAAUAGCGUUUCUCUUCUGUCAACUUCAUUUUAAUAAUGUUACUUCACAUGCUCUUUUUUACGGAGGGCAUCUUGUUAUGCGCAGUAAGAGAUACGCAGUGCAAAACCACAGAAUCACCUUAAGAAAGUUGUUGCCGCCUCUUUAUAGGAGAAACUAAAAUCUAAGGCACGCGCGCACUUUCACUUUGCCGCGUUGCAAGACAAAUAGAUUUAACAACAGUUUUUUUUAUGGCCUCAGGCAGAAUUGUAAAUAAUUUUUAGGUUUCUUAUUAUACGUCUUUAGUCUUAGCUAUUACAAUUAUUACUCAUUUUUACAAUUAUUAGUUACAAAAAAACUUAACUUAAAACUUAACUCAAAAUGCACCCGAAAAAGAAACGGACAGCUACCGAAAACGUCAGGUGCUUAGUUUCUUUGUCUAAAAAAAAUCUCAGAAAAACUUCACAUAGGCCGGUGGCAUCAACUCCCUCCCCUCCCCCCUUUACGUGCGAGGGUUAAAGGAUAAUUUGCCACUUUCUUAUUAUAAAGUACCGCUACACUUGCUCCGAUCGAACACCCAAAAACUACUUAGCAACACGCAAAUGGCUCUAUUGUGGAGUAAUGGGAUAAAGCUGAGGAAGAAACCAAACGCCAAAUGCCAAACAAAGAACAGGUUGAGACAGUUUAUAAAAUCACUAUCACUAGUUUAUUCCAAAAACAGAACUGCCUGUAAAACUGGCUCUAAUUACAAUCUUAGCCUAUUUACCAGUCAAAAAUCGAUGGUCAUGGGCUGGACUCCCAAAGUCCUGAUUUUGUUCGAAACUGAAAGCCUAGUAGUGCCGAUUAAAUUGAUAUCUGUUUCGAUCAUUUCUUUACAUAAUAAGUCAUUUGCAUGAUGGUAUCAUUUUACUACUACUACUACUACCAGAAUUCUUCAGGGUUUUGCUUUCUUAUGCAAAUAAGAUAGAAUUGGGGCUUUUGCUAUGUAAACCUCACUGGGAUAACGAAAUUUAAAUUCGAGGGAAAAAACCAUCAAAUGAAUUUCUUUUCAUAGUAGUAAAAACACGUCAUCGUGCAAGUGACCUAUUAUAUUUCAGACAGUUAAUUAACUUAUGUUCUCCAUAACUCUGUUACAGAUGCCAAAAGGAGCAGACGUUACUGUUAUUAUCGCUACCACUGCCGCUACUGCCGUUAUCGCAGGCUCAUAUGCAACGGCCAUCGUUACCGUCGCUGUCGUUAUCACGUGUGUUAUGGCUGCAGCCGUUUUUGUAUUUACCCAUAUUAUCGCCGUAACAGGGGAUAAAAAUUUCGCUGUACCUUUCAGUCCACUUAAACGUUUUGUUGUGGCAUCGAAAAAGAAAAACAUGGAACCCAAAUUUCAUUUCAACACCUUAAAACUAUUCAGUUCUGUAAACUUUUAA